AUGGGAAAGGCCGACGUAUUGGUCAAUAAUGCUGGAUUCUCCAACAAUAACGUCAAAACAAAGAUCUGCGAUGAAACCAUCGAGAACUUUGACCUGCUAAUUGUCAUCAAUGUGAGAGCCCCCUUCAUCCUGUGUCGUGAGGCUAUGAAGGAUAUGACUAGCCGAGGAGAAGGACACAUCCUGAACGUUGUGUCCACCGUCGCUCUCACCAAGCAGGAGAACUUUGGUGUAUACUCUGCCAGUAAAUAUGCGUUGGAUGGUUUAACGGGAUCCCUGGCCAAAGAAGGAAGAAAGGCGGGCGUGAAAGUAACUGCUGCGUACCCUGGAGGAACAGGUAGGGCACUGCCCUCGCUUGUGUUAAGCGACAUAUACAGGAGCGCAGAUUAUUGCAACGAUUUCCGAAGGCACUAG